AUGCACAGCCACUCAGAGGAUUGCACACACCCACAGGUCUGUGCUCUAGGGUCUUAUCCUCAGACCCUGCUCCCUGGGUCUGCACACACUGUCACCCAAGUCACCUCCUCUCCAGACACACCCCAACCCCAUCCCACGCAUCCUUCACCUCUUAACAGCUCACAGGGCGUGCGUGCUGCCAGCCGAGGGGAGGAUGGCAGAGGUGGUCUGAUCACAGGGCUGCUACCUUUCCAGGGCCUGGCUUCCUCCUUGCCUGCUUCUGGACCUGCUUCUGACUCAACACCAGGCCAACGUCUGCCCAUCCCGGGGCCUCGAGCUUCCUCCUUCAAGUCACUGGUCUGCUGCUUACUGCUCUGCCCCCUCCUCAGCUGCUUUCCUGGUAUUGAGGGCUGUCUUGUGAAUUAG